AAGGCACGGGCCGUUUUCUCGGUAACGGGGUGUAAAUCCUCGUCGUACCGACGUUACCUGGAGAUCGCGAGGAAUUCGAUAGACUGUUCGGUGCCUGGAGAUAAAAGUGUGAAAAUUGACCAUAGAGGUACACGAGGUGUGCAGGAGUUUUGCUCCUGGGGAGGCAUGCUCAACAAUAUCUCUGCCGGCGGAUCCGUACAUGGGAUUUCCGGGGCGAAGGACCUUCAUGCGCACGAUCUGAAGCGACACGAGAAAUUGGACGGAGUCCUGGGGGUGAAUUUAGGAAGUGGUUUAUCCGGCGGCGGAGGACUCACGAUUCAUCAGGAAUUGAUCAUGACCAUGCCUGGCACCGGGAGUGCAGGCGCGAUUGGUCAGGGUGAUGACAAACCGGCUAAACAGAAGCGACAUCGGACACGAUUCACACCGGCACAGCUUAACGAACUGGAAAGGUGUUUCAGUAAAACCCACUACCCGGACAUCUUCCUCAGGGAAGAGAUCGCCAUGAGAAUUGGACUUACGGAGAGUAGAGUUCAGGUGUGGUUUCAAAAUCGACGUGCCAAAUGGAAGAAGCGCAAGAAGACUACCAACGUCUUCAGAUCACCAGGUGCUCUACUACCAUCUCACGGUCUGCCACCCUUUGGAGCUAUGAGUUCUGAACUCUGUGGAGCUGCCGGGAUGUUUCAUGCUCCCACCGAUCGAUGGGGUAUGGGUCCAGGCCUUAGUCAGCUGAGUCAAGGUGGCAUGGGCAUGGGUGGCUUUGGACAGAGUUUGGGUCAACUUGGACAACAAAGUUCCGGAAGUCUGGGCACCAGCUUGGGACUCAGUAAUUCCGGCUUACCAAUCAGCAGUCCAUCCCAAUCCGUCUAUCAAGCUAGUUACGGUUUGAAUUCACUUGGGGGUGUUCACGUGUCGGCGUCCCGUGGUUCGCCUCCUGGUGGCUCCUCCGUCGGCGGCGGUCAGGGUAGCAGUCUGGGAUCGGGAUUAAAUUGCGGCCAAGGCUCGCCGGGUGCCGUUUCCGGUGGUGGAGUCUCCUGCGUCGGGACGGACGGAAACGGCGAAGCUUCGGACUGGAGAGGCGCUCACAGCAUCGCGGCGCUUAGACGUCGUGCUUCCGACGCAUCCCAGCAGUACAGUCCUCAACCACCACCUCCACCGCCACCUGGACCACCUCAGUACUCCCAUGACCUGGAGUACAGUUCCGUCUACUGAGUGUCCCUUGGGCUUCCGUGAUCAUCCGACAUGCUGAUCGAUCCUGCUGCUUCCUGAUGCUCGAUAACGUGGAUUAAUGCCGAGAGAGAUUUCGCACAGCAUCCAUCUUCCUGUGGGACGCCAGGAACGCGACGGUGUCCUCCGGGUCUGUGCUGCGGACACGUAGACCCGUACCUUCUUCAGGAAGACCAACCAGACAGUGACGUCCUGACAGUGAAUGAGGGUUUAGUUUUGGGUGCCUCCAGUACUGCAAAUCAUUAAUGUAUUAUUAGUAUCCUGUCUCCAGGAUAAUUGUACCAGCACUUUCUCCUGCGUAAAUGCAGGAAGAUGCUGGAUCUGUUUUUUUAUCAGGAACAGUGGUAGCUUACGGUAGUAGCUGGACAUAUACUUCUUUCUUUCUUUCCCGUUCUUUUUCUUUCUCUUUUCCAAUGUCGACUGGCCAGUUUGAACUUCUUGACGGAUCGGUGCGACGGGCUUCUUACUAGUCAGAGAAAAACACAAAACUCCGCUUAAUACAUUACAUUAUAAAUUAUCCUAUGAAUUAUGAAAUUCAUCUGUAGCAACGAUGCUGCGCCUUUUUUUGCAUCCUUCACAAUUAUCCGCAUGCGUGGGAAUCGUCUGAGCGAAGACUUUGCGAUGAAGUGGCUGAAAUCGAUUUUACUGGAGAAAAUAAAAUAUUUACUUCGUCGAGUCGUCCGCGCUGUACCGUCGGCUCGAUAAAAUCGCAUCUGAAGCCGGAAGUAUACGAAGAAAUUUGCGUAACGUAAGUGAAGAUUGUAAAUAGAGGUGGCGGAGAGGGGAGAGUGAUUAAAAAAAUAUCCACGUGACAUUGCGACCACCGUUACCGAUACCAUGGUAUGAUAAAAAGUUAUAAUCGAUCGGACGUCGCGACGCUGUUUAUCAUAUUCAUAUUUUAAGAUCAAUCGAUAUCGGAAAUUGGUUAGCGUUACGUAAUCGUGUUGCAUUCACCCAAAAUAAUCUUACAUGAUAUCGAAUUAUAUAUCGAUCGUUUUAUUGUUGUCAGCGAAGCAUAAGGUUUUUGUAAAUAAAGGUAUACGUGUAGCGAUAAAUAUAUCGAUAAGUAUAUUAUUAACAAUAAUAAUUAUUACGGACAAAACGCGAGUAUACUUGGACAUUGUGAUAUUUCCGGACGGUGCGCUGGGACCUUUUUUUUCUACCAGCGUCAACCCUCCGCCAUGAUAUUGCAAAUGGGCGCCGAUCGCGGCGACGGCGACGAUUUAUUUAAUCGCGAGAGGUCAUAAUAUAGUGUGAGAGGUCACGAACAGGUACGGGGAGGAAAUUGAAUAUUCUAGUUACGAAUUUACAAUAGUUAUAGAUAAAAUUAACGGAUAGAAUUUAAUUAACUUUAGGUAGUUAUCAGUGUAUCACUACAAACAACAACAAAAAAAAAAACGUAUACGAUUUUUAAUGUACAAACAAGAAUAUAGGUGCAGGGUGAUUUUUUUUUUUAAAUAUCGCCCUACCGUCGCUUUCAUGCGGAUGACUUUGUGGCUCGUGAAAAAAAAAGGGUUUUUUCUUUCACGCUCCAAUCGAAAACCGAUUCGCACUACCCUUUGCUUUUCAAUGAAUUUUCGCGUGCUUGGAAAGCUUUUCGAAAUUUCGUUACACGCGUAUCUGUUGGCACAGGGCGUUUUUCAGUAUCUUUGAAAAUCAAAGAUAAUUUUUUUCCUUUUAAUCGACAUGUUAAUUAUUCGUACAUCGAUUACGAACAAAAAUGAUAUCAACGAUUCUUUGAGAUUUUGGAGUAAUUUUUUGUUUCUUACAAAAUUAAUCAAUAAAAGCAAACGUCUCCCCGAAGCGAUCGAUACCAAGUUCCUUGCAGUGUGUCUUUGAGUUUAAUCAUUGUUUUUCAUCGUCGUAAGGGAAAUGAAAAAAGAAAUGAUAGACGCGACACUCAUCUCUCAUUUUUCUCGGGACUGUUACAUACGAGCAUAGUUAUAUUAUCGUCGUUAUCGCGCACUUGUCACGAAUCACUUUCCGUCAAUGGCUUUAGCGAGAAUUGAUAAGUAAAAAAAAUUUUUAUUUCCAUCGUUGUAUAGUUGUGUAUAGAGGUCAAAUAAGUGUGUAAAAUAAAUCAUUAUCAAAAUCUCGAGAA